UUUUUCCAGAUUUUAAUUAUUGCUUCUGGCAUGUACUUACACGCUAAGAAGACCUUCAUUUUCCUACGCUUAUCCAUCACAUCAACAUAAUGCUGGUCGCCACUCCAGGACAAACAACGACUUAUUCCCUUCUCGGCAGUAGUGCGCCCAAGAAGACACGUCUUAGCUCGCCAGUAACAUCAAAAAACUCCAACGUCAACAAUCCCUCUGUGGUAAAUAAUAAUUGCAGCACCAGCAACGCAGCCAGCACGCUUAUGAAAACAAUUCAAGUACGGCUUAAUCGAGGGACCGAAUUUUUAAAAGAUACCGUACAAAAAGCGCUUACAACCACCACCAAUUCUAACAAUACAACGUCCAGCGCUUCAAGUAUUACCUUUCGCAACAACAAAACUAACAACAUAAACGCAACCGUUGUUGGCACUUUAAAACAUGCUCAUGUGGCAUCAGCUGUUGCUGUAAGAGUCCCAUCAAGAAAUACCAUAGCUAGCAAAUCAGCUAAUUACACAACUUUAGCGACAGGUGCUUCAACAUCAGGUGGUGCAAUUGAGAGGACGUCGAUUUCAACCAACGUUUCGAAAACUCUAAAGCUUAAUACCGUCCCACCCACCAAAAUACAUCGUAACUCACAAGAACGUCAAGAAACAAGCAGUACGGACAGCAUUAAUAAGGAAAUGUGCCAUUUUAAGCCCAUUUUACCGGCACCAACUGUGCGCUGGAAAUGUGGCAGCAAGUCACGAGGUGGAGCAGCCAUAAGAAAACCUUUAGCAUGUUUAGCAACGAAUAUUAAAAACUUGAACUGUGAUGAUUGUUCCAAGUUAACAGAUGAUAGCAGCGAAGAAGAGGAAGAAGCAGCUGAGGAUGAUAAAGAAAGUCCAACACAUCUGCACAAAAAACACCACUUCAAGCCAAAGCCAAGCUCUACCUUAUUGACUACAAUCAUAACAUCAGCUUCUCAUCAAUCUGCAUUCGUACGUUUGGUCGCACAAAUGAAGACACUCGUAGAUAUAAAUCAAACCACCAGGGUAAAAUCGCAAAAUAGAUUUUCUAAAAAGAAGAGCCAAUGCAAAACUCACCAUACUAACACACGACUUGGACGUCCCUCCAAGGCAGCUUCCGGAUUGAAAAUGCAACAGCUGCCCAAAUCACCAAUUAAGGUUCCCCUCACCCAACUCAUUCUACGAAGUCGCAAGCAGUCAUUUACACAAGUCAAUAAUCUCAAUUUACCCACUAACCUGAUUAUUAAAAAAAUAGAAACAAAAACUACAGAAGCUGCUUCCAGGGAUAAAAGCAAACCAACAAUUACACCUAGAAAUAAAAAGGGUACAACUAUUCCUUUACAAAUUGCAACAAAGAAAGGCACACGGAAUACCACCAAGUCAAAAGUAAUUAAUAUAGUUGCAUUUGCCCAAGAAAAGAUCCCAAAUAUAAAAAGCAACAGAACUAUAACGAAAUGUAACAGUAAAAUUGAGACUGCUACCCUUGCCAACGUUAAACACAAGCAACGUAAGCGAAAACAUAUUGACGAAUCUCUUUCGGUGAAUGAAAUUAUUGACUCUGCAAUAGCAGAGAAUGCAUCAAUUGAUGUGGGUGAAGAAAGUUCUUUGCCGCCUGUUCGUAAAAGUGCAAGGCUGUCAAAAAAUGGUAAUGAUGACUGUUUAAAAAUUGACGCUGUCAAACGUAUUACGAUAAGGAGACGUAACGCUCGUAGUACACAAAAUCAUUCCUACGAUACCUUCUCGCCACCAAUGACACGAUCGAGGGUGAAAGAGCUGAUGCAAAAGCAAGGAAAUUCAAGUGUAAGACACAGCGAAGUACAACUAGUUGAUUGAACCAAGACAUUUUUUUGGUAUUAAAGAUUGUUGUAUUUAUCUGAAAGUAACUUAGUGGUAACAGUUAUAUGAAAAUUGGCAAAUUAAAUUUUAAUAUUGCACUAUACAAAAAUAUUUUCGGAAAAAUUAUGCCAGUAAAAGAGAGAAUUAAAUGAAUUCGCUUUGGCCUAUGCUUCUAAGUUGUAAGCAUAAGAAAAUAUUUUCACGUGUAACAAUAUUGUUUGUAAAUUUUUCGUGUCAAUCUAUUUACUAGUCGGCUAGCGCUCUGAUUUUUACUGGCUCAUAGAGGGGUAAUGAGUACACUCUAUAAUAAGCUACCAGUUUGUGGUACGACUAUUUUUAUACUAUUACUAUUUUAUUUGUAAUAAAAUAUAAAUCAUACUGUAAAGUCUUA